GGGUGACGGGCCCGAAGUGGUUGCGCCGGCCUGCGGGAGUGUCCGCUGCGGGAGUGGUCAAGGGAGGUCGGCAUAGCGGCCCGGACUCUCCGGACACAGGCCGCGGCAGCGGCGGCGGCGGUUUCCGGCUAGUCUGGGAGGGUGGUGCCGCCGCCUUGACCCCGGAGUGGAAGAUGUUCAACGUGGAGUCCUUGGAGCGGGUGGAGCUGUGCGAGAGCCUCCUCACUUGGAUCCAGACAUUUAAUGUGGAAGCACCAUGCCAGACUGUGGAAGAUUUAACGAAUGGGGUUGUGAUGGCCCAGGUGCUUCAAAAGAUAGAUCCUGUAUAUUUUGAUGAAAAUUGGCUAAAUAGAAUCAAAACUGAAGUGGGAGACAACUGGAGAUUAAAGAUAAGCAAUUUGAAGAAAAUUUUAAAAGGAAUUCUGGAUUACAACCAUGAGAUUUUAGGACAACAGAUUAAUGAUUUUACACUUCCUGAUGUUAAUCUCAUUGGGGAACACUCAGAUGCUGCAGAGCUUGGAAGGAUGCUUCAACUCAUUUUGGGAUGUGCUGUGAACUGUGAACAGAAACAAGAGUACAUCCAGGCCAUUAUGGUGAUGGAAGAGUCUGUUCAGCAUGUUGUCAUGACGGCUAUUCAAGAGCUGAUGAGCAAGGAAUCUCCAGUUUCUCUUGGAAAUGAUGCCUAUGUUGAUCUUGACCGCCAGUUGAAGAAAACUACUGAGGAACUGAAUGAAGCUUUGGCAGCAAAAGAAGAGAUUGCACAGAGGUGCCAUGAAUUAGAUAUGCAGGUUGCAGCAUUGCAAGAAGAAAAAAGUAGUUUACUUGCAGAAAAUCAGAUAUUAAUGGAAAGAUUAAACCAAUCUGAUUCAAUAGAAGAUCCUAACAGUCCAGCUGGCCGAAGACAUCUUCAGCUACAGACUCAAUUAGAGCAGCUCCAAGAGGAAACAUUCAGACUAGAAGCAGCCAAAGAUGAUUAUCGAAUACGCUGUGAAGAAUUGGACAAAGAAAUUUCUGAACUCCGGCAACAAAAUGAAGAACUAACCACUUUGGCAGAUGAAGCUCAAUCUUUGAAAGAUGAAAUAGAUGUUCUUCGGCAUUCUUCUGAUAAAGUGGCUAAACUUGAAGGCCAAGUAGAAUCAUAUAAAAAGAAACUAGAAGAUCUUGGUGAUUUGCGGCGUCAGGUGAAACUCUUAGAGGAGAAGAACACAAUGUACAUGCAGAACACUGUAAGUCUAGAGGAGGAGUUAAGGAAAGCCAAUGCAGCUCGCAGUCAGCUUGAAACAUAUAAGAGACAGGUAGUAGAACUACAAAAUAGAUUAUCUGAAGAAUCAAAGAAAGCAGAUAAAUUAGAUUUUGAAUAUAAACGACUGAAAGAAAAAGUGGACAGUCUUCAAAAAGAAAAGGACAGAUUAAGAACUGAACGGGAUUCUCUUAAAGAAACUAUUGAAGAACUUAGAUGUGUACAGGCUCAAGAAGGACAGCUCACUACACAAGGAUUAAUGCCUCUGGGAAGUCAAGAGUCUUCAGACAGUCUGGCAGCAGAGAUUGUUACACCCGAAAUAAAGGAGAAACUUAUUCGUCUUCAGCAUGAAAAUAAGAUGUUAAAACUUAAUCAAGAGGGUUCUGACAAUGAACGGAUUGCAUUACUGCAGAGUCUGCUUGAUGAUGCAAAUCUACGUAAGAAUGAACUAGAGACAGAAAACAGACUGGUGAAUCAAAGACUUCUAGAAGUACAGUCACAAGUUGAAGAAUUACAGAAAUCUUUACAGGAACAGGGCUCAAAAGCAGAAGAUGCUAUUUCAGUUCUUCUGAAAAAGAAGCUUGAAGAACAUUUAGAGAAGCUGCAUGAAGCUAAUAAUGAAUUACAGAAGAAACGAGCCAUUAUUGAAGACCUGGAACCAAGAUAUAAUAACAGCUCAAUAAAAAUUGAAGAAUUACAGGAAGCUUUGAGAAAGAAAGAAGAAGAAAUGAAGCAAAUGGAAGAACGAUAUAAGAAGUACUUGGAGAAGGCCAAAAGUGUUAUUCGUACUUUAGAUCCUAAGCAGAAUCAAGGAGCAGCUCCAGAAAUACAGGCUUUGAAAAACCAAUUACAAGAGCGAGACCGGAUGUUCCAUUCAUUAGAGAAAGAAUAUGAGAAAACGAAGAGUCAAAGAGAGAUGGAAGAAAAAUUUAUUGUUAGUGCCUGGUACAAUAUGGGAAUGACACUUCAUAAAAAGGCAGCUGAAGACAGACUUGCUAGUACAGGUUCAGGACAGUCCUUCCUGGCCAGACAAAGGCAGGCAACGAGCACAAGAAGAUCUUAUCCUGGCCAUGUCCAGCCAGCUACAGCAAGGUAGAGAAGCCUGGUCAUUAUGGCCAUUGGAAAAGUAACCAACCUCCCUUCAAAGCAGGCUUCUGCUGCACGUGACAACAUUUCAGGAAAUUCAGCCAGCUUCUUUUCUGUCUCUGUAUGAUGGUAAUAACUCAGUUAUUCUGCAUUUCAGGCAUUUUUUUUCUAUAUCUGUAAUGAGUUUCUUCUGCUAUUUCUUUUGGAGUCUUUUUUCUUCCUUUUAAUGUGCCAAAAUUUUUGAGAUAUCCAAUAAAGAGUGUUGUAUAACAUUCUCUUUAUUUGUAUAAAAAUGUCACCACUUGCCCAAUGAUAGAAGCUUUGUAAUUACACUAAAUUUCCUGUCAAUAAUUAAUGUGAAAUUGAUAUUUUUCAUCGUUCCUAUGUGUUACCAUGCUUUAUAAGAAUGUCUUUGUUUAAAGGGAAAUAAUCUUUUUAAGAUAUAUUAAUCUGUUUUAAAUUGUUUUCUGAAAGCUCCUCAAAUAAUAAGUAUACUUUACUUCAUAAAAUGAUUAAGAAAUGUACUUUUUUUUGCAAAGACUUGACUAUAUAAGCAGAGGUGCUAAAAAUUCAAAUCUUAUCUGAAGCACCUGAUUGAACUCUUCUUCAAAGAAAAUGAAUUUUUCCUUUGAUUUGCAGAAUUUCUUGUUCUCUUACAUAAAGCAUUGAUUGAAAAACAAAAUAACUUUGGCAACUAGCCAGAUUUUUUUUUUUAAUUUUUAAUGCUUCCAUUUAUUUCCUGGUAUAUUGUUUAUUGACAGAAAUGAAUACUUUACUAGAAGCAAAAUCAAGAAAUAUGUUUUUUGUGGUUAUUGCAUCAUGAGUUUAAAUGAAGGCUUUUAUUUAACUCUUAAUUGUAGAUUAUUGCAGUAACAGAUUCAAGCUCUAUUUGGCUGUUGUGAAUGUUGAUGGUUUCACCUAUCAUCACCAACUAAAAGAUUAUUUUAAUAUAUUUACAAAUAGUCUUCUUUCUAAGAAUUUUCAUUGUUGACUUUUCCCCACAUUUGUUUGACUGUUUUCCUGAUCAUUUAUUUCUUAAUCUUUUAUUUAGCACCUUAAGAUAGGUGACUGGCUUCCAGUGUUUAUAUUCCAUAUUAUAUUUGGUUUCAUCCUUGUAUAAUUGUAUGUCUUGUAUAAUUUGUGCAUAUAUAUAAUUUUUUGCAGGCUAAGAAUUUUUCUUAAUACCAUCUAAGUCUACUAGUCUGGGGGUUUGUUACAGAAUAUCCUUUUUUGGCUUUCCUCAAAGUGCUUACAUUUAUGACAAACAGAUUGUAAGUCAUAAUUACCUAUAUAAGGAAUGAUUGUAAAAUAAGUGUUGAUUGGAAAGCACUUGGAAUAAGUGUAUGAGGUGCUAUAUAAAUGCUAAAUGUCAUUCAUUUAGAAAUUGUAUGCCUUUGAUCUGUUGAAUUUAAGUUCCGUAAUUUAAUUGUAUAAUUUCCUUAUCAUCCCUGUUUUGUUUUGUUUUUUCUUAAAGGGUGGCCCACUUUAAAAGAGCACAAUGUAUGUAAAAUUGGGGGUAAUUUUUUUAAUGAGUCUCCUUAUAAUAACUUCUUUUUGAAAGAAGCUGUUCAUUACUCAUGAAUUGAUCAUAUUUGUUGCCUGGAUUUGGUUAUGUUAAGUACCUCUGUGCCCAGGUAACAUAGAGAUAGAAACAUUACUUCAGUAGACAUUUAUUAAGUACUUAUGUGCAACAAUUUAUGCUUAGUUUGAGUUUGAAUUUAACAUGAAACACUACAUUUGAGCUUCUAAACACAACUCCAUACAUGAACUAAUUAAUAAAGUUUGAAAAAUUAUUUUAUAAUUUUAUUAUCAAGAUUGAAGUUUAAUUCAGACUUUCAAAAACCAUAUAUUUAAAAUUUUUUAUUUCAGUAGUUUACUCUUUGGUAUAUAGCACCCAUGCAAAUAUUAAACAGUAGUAAAAAAAAAAAAACUUUUUAAACUCCCAAGGAAAGAAAGAAUAAUGUAUUGGAAUGUAUUUUAAAAUGAUUCAAAAGAAGCCCUAAUUUUGUUAUUUGCAUUGUAAUAUUUCCUUUACAAGGUUAAAAGCAAAGAAAGUUGCAUUCGAUAGUAUGCAAAUUGUUGACAUUAUCGUAACACCUUUUCUGUCAACUGUCAGCUGAGAAUCUAUAUUUUCGGUUAGAUCAUACAUCAGCAAGAAAACAGAGGUGAUAAGAGGAGGGGAGAUAUGCACUGAGGAAUUCUUGGAGAUCCAUAGAUUCAGGAUACUAAAAUUAUAAAAUGCAUAAUAUUUUAAUGGGAAUAGAAUUUGACAGGGUUUUUUUAUUUUUUUUUUUUGUUUUGUUUUGUUUUGUUUUGUUUGUUGCAACUUACUCUUGUAUCUUAACACAGAAUUGGAAACUGAAACUACUUUUAAAGGUAGGCCUUGGCAAGUCUAGUUAAUAUAAGUGAAAGGGAAGGAGGAUCUUGUGAGUUAGUUAAUAAAAUAAGGUUAGAUUUUAAUUGUAGUUUGCUAUUGUCUUUCUGUAACCACUGUCAGCCCUAGGGACAGAUUUCUAAGUUGGCCUGGGAAGAUGUCAAACUUAAAGCAGGAAGGUUUAUUUCUGGUGUUUCUUUGGCAUCUUUUUGCAUGCUAUUAUCUUUGUGUUUAUAUUUGUAAUGCUGGCCUUCUUUUGAAUUCUUGUUUCCAUUUAGUAUCUAUAUACUAUGUCUUGAUACAUAGAAGGAAUUGUAAAAAUUCUAUUUUUUCAUAAUGUUUAUAAGAACCAGGAUCUAAAUAUGCUAAGUAUGUGAUUGAGGGCCAAGAGUAACAUUUUUGACUUUUCAUUCUCUCGGCUAUCUUAUUCCUAAUCACAAGGCUGUUGAGAGUCUUUAUAUAUCUCCUCUUCUAUAAAAUAAUGGCUCAGGAUCAUGAGAUUAGAAGUUAGUAACUAUACAUUUAUAAAUGCUAUUAUUAUAUGUGACUUUUUUCCUUCUUUCAUAAAUUUCUGAUGGGUAUUGUCUACUUGCGUUUAUAAUCUAUUUCUGUGGAACUAAUAAUGGUAUGAAUAAAAAUACAGUAUUAUUCUAUUUAGUUAUGGUGAGCUAUUAGUAUAAGCAAGUGGAAUUUAUAAGCACAGGUGUCCAUUUUUACAUAAAGGAUUAUUUUUCUGAGCAGAGGAAUAGGAUGAAAAAUAACAAAAGGUAAGAGUAGAAUUUGAAUGGCAUUGAAGUAUCGCUAUGUAAACUAUCCUCUAGAGAAUUUUAUCGUGGCAAUCCAGUUAUCCAAGGUUCCAGAUUUAAAAAAAAAAAAACUACAAACAUCUGCAACUCAGUACUAUUUGCUCACACUCUCCACUUCAGAAAUAGAUUAUUUCUUAUCUCCCAAGGGCCUAGGAUAUUAUUUGAUAUCCUUUUAAAAUUAAGUUUUAUUUCAUUUGAGAGUAGGACAUGUUCUAUUGAUGAAUUACUUCAUUGAUUUUUUUUUAAAGUAGCUUUUUGUUUAAAUCCCAGUAAAAUUAGAUGUCAUCUUGAAAAUCUAUUGAAUGUAUAGAAAAUACUUAUAUAUUUAACCCUUCUAAGAUAACAGUUCAUUAAUCAGGGGAAAGAAAAACUGAAUCUGAAGUCAGGAGUCCUGGAUUCAGAUCCUCCCUCCGUAGUUGCGUGGUCUUGGAUCUAUGUAAUCCAUACAUAUCUUUCCAUAAUAUCCUAGACCUUAGUUUUUCAUCCCUUUCUAAGGUCUUCCAGUUCUAAAUCUGUGAUCCUCUUGUUUAGAAUCUCAAGAAUGUGAAACCUACGUUGAAACAGAAAUCUAAAUUUUACAAAUAUAUAAAUCCUAGGCCUCAGAAACAGAAAAAGUCUUUUCCUCUCUCACAUAUUCAGUUGCUAUGUUUGAAACUUAUCUGAAACUGUUCAAACUAGUCAAAAAGGAAAUGAACAAACUAGUUUUGCAGCUAUAUAGAGAAUUUAUUUGUUAUAAAACUGUGUGGAAAAGGUACCACAUUUUCAUAUUCCUGCAUUAUAAGGUUAUGUUUCUUUAGAGCAAGUAUGCUUGUUAAAAAUUUAAACAGCUUCACAUAAAUUUAAGAGAGACUUUUAAACUAAAGGGAAAAUAAGAAAGCAAAACUUUUAGCAUACCUUUUUGGUGUUCUUUCUGUGUUUUUCUUCAUGAAAACAUUAGCAAGCUGACUUAAAAUUGAGAAAAGAAAUAGAAUUUACCUUAAGAGAGUACAGAGUUUCUGGACUAUCCAUUAAAUCAAAAUAAUAUGAUUUCCUGCUGAGUCAUCAGCUUGCCAAAAUGGCAGCUUAAUUCAUGUUGGUUCUUCCUUUUAUUGUAUAAUAAAAUUGGGUUUUGUGUCAUUCUUUAUAUGUAUAUUUGACUAAACUAUUUUGCAUCAUAUAGUUUGGAAGGAAAAAUAUUCUAAAUAUGACUAAUUUUUUAUUUCUUUAAAGCAUCAUUCCUUUUGUUGGAAAUUUUCAUCCAAUUUCAAGGGUGAACUAUUCCAUUUAGGCAAAAAAAAUCCUUAGUCUUUUCUAUUUUGUAAUAAAUUGUUCUUUGAACUCACCCACAGAAAAGAUAAAGUUAAAUGUGAUGGUUAGGCAAAAUAAAAGUGACCUUUUUGAGAGUAAAUUGUAAUAUGGCACAAGUAGUAAUGGCUUCAUGUUUUUUUUUAAUGUCUGCAUAUGUCCAGGGGAAUUAUGUAAUCAUUAUUGAUAACCUUUUCCCACUCCUAAAAUUAUUUAUUCAUCAAGUGUUCAUGCACUGUUACCUUUGUGGAUAUGAAUACUUACAAAAUGUUGCAUGACACUUUUGAAAUAACGAACUACUUGGUUUUCUUGUGUUACAAGAAGAUAAAUUAAAAAUAUCACUGAUUCACUUCUUUAGGAAGUGAAAGCCAAGCUGGUCUUGGCAAUUGUAUGAAUUUUGGAAAUGCUGAGAUCCAGAAAUCUCAUGUAACACCACUAGUCAGGUGUAAUUUGAGGCUACUUUUCUAUAUCUAUAACUAGGAGAAUGUGAUAUCGGGGAUAAAAUGAAGGAGAAAGGAACUCAUUUGGAUAAGAAAUAGAUAAUGUCCAAUAACAGGGGAAAAUAAGAUUUAACACAUUAUAUACUUAUAUACAUUCCCAAAGGUAAUAUUUCUGUAAAAAAAAGUUGUGCUUCUGUUGCAGAUGUGAAUUAGUUCUGUUAAUAUUUUCAUACACUUCCUUUCAUUUAUUACUUAGAGAAACAAAUAACCUUUUUAAUAACUCUUUGGACAGAAGCACUGUUUAUAAAAUUUUUAAUUGUUUACUUCUAUAUACAUUAAUCAUGUUUUUUGGUGAGCAAUUCAAAUGCUUUUCUAAAGUUAUUUCCAAGAUUCUCCUUAGUUUAUCACAGUCCAUGAUAUGGUGAGAAUGAUUUGAUGAUUGGAAAGCAUGGCCAAAUUGGUUCUCCAAAUUUCCUUAAAGCAACUACCUUUUUUGUUCCUGCUACUUUUUUCUUCCAAUUUUCUUUUCUUUUCUUUUUUUUUUUUUUUCUUCCAAUUUUCAAAAGGGCUUCUCAAGAACUAUAGGUUUCCACAGAGUAACAACUUAAGAAGCACCUUAAAAAUCAAUGUGGUCAUUUAAUUUGUCUGUGCUGUCUUUUCCAGGCCCUACCCCAAGACUACACUAGACACUAGAGUGUAGGCACUAGGUGUUAAAGAGUUCUGAGGAUUAAAAUGAAUGAACUUACUAUGAUUGGAAAACCUCUAGCCUAUAUGCCUAUUUAGAAGAUUAAGAAUAGUUAAUAGUGCCAUCAUGAGAAGAAAGUUGUCUAUCAGAGCAAGGAAAACAUGGAGAACUAGGCAAAAGGAUAGGCAAAGAUAUAGAUAUGUAAACACACAUAUCUAUUUCUAUGGAUGAGUAAUGGCCUUUCUGAGCUCUAAAAACUGGUGAUGAUGGUUGAUGUCUUAAGAUUAGGAAGAGGUGCCAAUAUAAAAAUAGAAAGGGGGCAUUGGGAGAAAUAUUCUUUAUAGUAUAUUUGUUAUAUGCUGUGACACACUUUAUAUAUACUCUCAACAUAAGUUGUAUAGGCAUUCAUAAUAAUACAAGUGAGGGAGUCUUUAAUGUUUUACCUGUUAAUCAUUUAUAUAUUAUUUAUACUUCAACACUCAGUGCACUUUACAAAUACAUCAUUAAUUCUCCCUAUAUUUCUCCACAUGUAUUUCUGUCUUUUCCACGAGAAUAAUCUAGAGGAUGGCCCAAAUAAAUGAACAUUUUAUGUAUUGCUAAAUGGAUGAAAUUCUAAGCCUAGAACCAAACUAUCUUCCUUUUCAGCAAUUAAUUGACAUUUAAUAGAGCACAUCAAUUUAGCAGAAAGUAUUAAGUCCUUUUUAAACUAUAGGCCUAGUAGUCAUAUGUUUUUCUGAUGCUAUAGUUAUAUAGCACUUAUUUGCCAGCUUUGAAUUGUUAGAUCAUCAAGCCUUGCAUUUUCAGAUCUACAUCAAGUUAACUUUAAAAGGAAUCCUUCCUGAAUCUUGCAUAAUAAAACCAAAUCAUUGAUCACACCUUAAAAUUAUCUUUUCUGCCCCCUGGAAUUUAAGCUAUACUCCUUUAAACUUCAACCUUCUCCUGCCACCUCCCAUCCCCCAAAAAGAAACUUAAUUUGUAAGAGUCUCUUUUCUUCUAAAUUGUUAACAAGGAAAAGUACUUACUAAGCGCCAAACUCACUCCCCCUUGAAUUGAUGAUUUUAGAACUUGCUUUGUAGACAUUUAACAUAGGGAGGUUUUUAAAACUUUUUUAUAUGUCUUUCUCACAAAAUGAAAGAUCUCGCUUUGUUUGGAAUAGAAUUCUGUCAUCGCAAAUAUAAGAAGGGAAACAAAGUUUGAGGAGCUAUGGUCUCCUUAAAGUGUUUUAAUGUUUUUGUUGGUAAACUUGGGCUACUAUGUUAAUGUUUUCCUUGCCAAAGUUUUCAACUCAGUCUAUUAUAGGAGUUUUGUGUCAACUGCCACCGCUACCCCCUCCUUCCUCUUCCAAGCACAUCUCCAAUUUUAUAUUAGGAAUCAAUGAGAAGGUAAAAGUCACAUUAUAAUCAAAUCACUGGAAUGUAUAUGCUCCAUAGAGCAUUGCUUUUUCUAGUAACUGCCAAAGAGUCAGUCAGUUAAUAAAAGUAAUAGACAACAUUUUCCUGGGCUUAGUUAUCUGUUCCACUGUUUGUCUGCAGUAUUGUUUCUUCUUCUGUGGUAAUUAAAUGAGUCUGAUCUGGUAGAAGAGAGGCAGAUAGUGGGGCAAAAGAUGUCUAUUUUCUUUCAACAGCAAUGCUAUUUUAUAACUAAAAUAGGAAAUCUGUUAUUUGAAAUCUCUUCAGAAAAGAAAGUCAAACUGUUUUGGAAUCAGCAUCACUGAGCAUGAGUUUGUCUAGGAAUUGCUCAGAUAUUUCAGUAAAUGAAGAGAAACUUAAUAUGUUUUUUAAAAAAUAACAAUUGGGGCCAAAUAGCAUUUUUGGUUCAAAUCCCUUCUCUGUGUAGCUUUUAAUGUAGCAUAUUGUUGAACUAGGUAGCAUGCAGUUGUACUCCAUUUUUGGUGUUCAGAGAACUACUAGAAAAAUGUCUUAUCCCAGAAGGAUUAGUUUAGGCCAUUUAGGGUAUUUUGUACCACAGAUUAAAAGAGCUGUUUUACCUAUUAUUCCUGAAAUUCAUACCUAACCUUUUAAGUCACAAGAAGAAGCUCGCACCUUUUAAACUCAUUUUUAAUAUGGUUGGUUUUUUUAAAUUAUGUGGCCUGUACUGAAAGUUAAUGUUUUCUUAGCACUUUAUUUCUCAAUGAAGUAGAUCUUUAUCCAUUACAUAAAUAUUGUGAGCAGUUUUCAUUUUUAAUAGUGGUUAACUGUUAAUUUUGUUAUUAUUAUUUCUGGGAUAAUGGUUAUAUAACUAUAAUAUGAUUUAUUCACCAACAACUGUUAAGUACAUAAUCUCUUUUCAAGUUUGUCUUUAAAACUUCACAAAAUACUUUGUUUCUGUAGUACAUUACAGCAUAAUGAAAUUUGCCACCUUUUAUUUUUUUUUUUAACUGAUUUAGUGCUCUUUCAGUUGUCUUCAGUUUUCAAGUUGUCUAAUGCCCCUCACUCUUACUAAAAUAUAGUGAGAUUCAAGCAAACUCUUAAUGUUUUUAUUGGUAGUUUUUAUCUUUGUGGUCUAAUUUGAAUUAUUAACAUUAAGCAUAUCAUUUACUUUUAUGUAUAAAGCAAAUAACUCAGUCAUUGGGAUAAUACAUCUUAUUACACUGGGAUAAUACAAUCAUUUUUGAAAUAGCAUAAAUCCUAUUACUGAAGCACUUGUAUAUUCAUAAAGAUAUAUGCCGAUCUGUUAAGGAUGUUUGGUGAAAUGAUAUAAAUCACUAAUGAUUUUUCCAUUAAUUUAGUUACUGUUACCUCAAGCCAUCCCAUUGUCUUUCUCUUUAUCUAUUCAUUUUUAAAGAAAACAAAUUAGAAAAACAACAAAUUUUCCAUGUAAUUCAAAUCCAUAUAAAUCAAAUCAUGAAAGUCUUAGAAUUGAGCAUUGGUUAAUAGAGUAUUUAGUUUAAUGUCAUAUUUUACUGAAAAACUUUUAUUUUUGGUUAAGGAAACAUUUCAAUUUGCUUAAGAGAAAUAAAUCAGCAUAAAUUCAAAACAUUACUAUAUAUGCACAUUUUUUUUUCCUUAACAAGUUUUGUUUAAUGUUAAAAUGCACUAAAAUAUUCCAUUUUCUGUUAAGAUGUCACAUUUGCCAGUACAGAAGCACCACAGUUCUUUGUACUAUCAGGGGAGAUUCAUUUUCAAAACUGUCUUUUAUUAUUUUUAAUAUUUCAGCAUCUACCAGUUUGCAUCACUUAAGAUUUUAAUUUUGGACAUGAAAUAGUAAAAUUCAAACGUGAACUAAUAAUUUGCCUUAAUCUACUUUUGCCUUUGGGUUGGGGGGAAGAAAAAUGAAUAGUUUAAAAAAAAACCCUGAGUUUUUAAAAGGCCUUUUUUUUUUCUUUUUUGGGGGGGCCAUUUAGUGCUAAAAGCUUUUCAGAUGAUCUGAAAAAUGACAGUACAUUAGAUUUGGAAUUGUAUUUUACUUACAGUUCCAAUUCUGGUAUAGCCUUAUUUAUGUCUUAAAUAUUGUAGAAUUUUCUGUGGAUUGUUGUUUAUUUGUAAUCUGACAGUUUAUAACCACCCUGAAUUUUGCCACUUUCUAAAUGGAAGUUGCUGGAUAUAGUGUUCUAAUUUCCUGCUGGAAAUCAAACAUGAUGCUAGAAUUUCAUUCAUGAUUGAAAGUGAUGGUUGUUAUGAUACAGGGCUCUUCUUGAUGAUGGAGUUAUCUAUAUGUAAUUGAGUGUAAGCAUUUUUCCAACUUGCUGAUUUAUUGUGUGCUGAGUAUUGUUGAAUUUGCCACUUUUAUUUUCUGAGCAGGAAUUUGUUUGAAAGUCUUCAGUAAAACUUUGAUUAAUGUACCACCUCUCCCCUUCCCCCAAAACUAUCCAGAAAUCUAUCAGAAAAUGGAUUUGUAAUAUGUUGAAAUAUUGUAUUGCUUUUUGUCUUUAUUUUAGUCUUAUAACUGCCAAAUUGUUACGGUAUUAUUAAGGAUAUUGUGUGUUUAUAUAUAUGCAUAUAAACUAUAUGUAUAUGAAAACUAAAACAAGAUUUGGUCAAACUAUAUUUUCCCAUUGAAUACAUUAAUGUUUUCAAGGCUGCAAAAAGUGUACAGUUGUGAAACAAGUUGUAAAUAAAGACUUGUAUAAAAAUUCA